CUGGAACUACAGUCCAAAUACCGCUUUUGAUAUCCACGGAUUUUCUACGUUGCUAGGCUGUCUUUCUAGCAUACACCGCCUAUCAUCUUGUUUAUGUCUGGGACUUGGCGAAGCAUUGUCUUUGUUUUUGGGUGUAUAAAAGUUUGCUUUCUGUGUGUUCACUUUUUCAUGCGGGUUCUCUCGCUUGUAUAUAAUAUUUCCCUCUUCUCUUCUGUGCUGAGCUUGCUCUCACAGGCUGCGAAGUCGGUGACACUGUUCUGGCUGCUAUGCGCGCCCGGUCCCAGCUUCCCAUCAUCUCCCCAACCAGCACAAGAUGGAGAUGAGGUCAGAUCAUAUUCAGAUCAUUGCAGCGAUCAUCUCCGUGCGCGUCUGUAUCGCACACUAUACAUGUGUGAAUCAUCGCGCGGCGGAUUGAGAAUCCGCUUAUACGGAGUGCUCGUCGCAUAAUCCGUGGACCCGCGCGGUACGGGUUGGCUUGUGGCUCGGCUGAAGACAGGAUGAACGGGCCGCCUUUUUUGUUUGUCUGUGUAAUGCUUGGUGGUGGGAGGCGGCUUUUGUCGUUUUGAUUAGACUAGAUAUCACAUUUGCAAUAGACACAUAGAGAGGUUCUUAGAUACAGAAUGGGUGGCAUUGGCUUAGCGGCUGAUGCUGGUAUGGU